CAAAUCCCCCCUAAAGCUCGAGUCUUUAUAUCUCUCCACUCACCAACCCACCUUCUCCAAUGUCGUCUCAGAGCUCCGCCGCCGUCAUUUCCUCCGCCAUUGCCGCCGCCGCCUCUAGAAGUGAAUCAUUCCCAGAUUCAAGGAAGCCAAUCGGGUCGAUUCGUUUCCAACCCCUGCCUCUCUCCCUCUCGUACUGUAAGUCAGGGAAGAUUUCAUCUAGAAUCUGUGCCAUGGCCAAACCAAAUGAUGCAGAGACCUUGCCAUCAUCACCAUCAUCAUCAUCAUCAGUAGAUACUUCACUUAGCCCGCGAGUAAAAUCCUUAAAACCUUCCAAGACUAUGGUUAUAACCGAUCUUGCUGCCACUCUUGUUCAAUCCGGCGUUCCGGUUAUAAGACUAGCUGCAGGAGAACCCGAUUUCGAUACACCUAAAACCGUAUCCGAGGCUGGGAUCAAUGCGAUUCGAGAAGGUUUCACUAGGUAUACACUAAAUGCAGGUAUCACAGAACUCAGAGAGGCAAUAUGCCGGAAGUUAAAAGAGGAAAAUGGACUGUCUUAUGCACCGGAUCAGAUCUUGGUUAGCAAUGGAGCUAAACAAAGUAUCUUACAAGCAGUUCUUGCAGUUUGUUCUCCUGGAGAUGAAGUAAUAAUUCCUGCACCGUAUUGGGUUAGUUACACAGAACAGGCGAGAUUGGCGGAUGCAACACCUGUGAUUAUUCCCACCAAGAUCUCUGAUAAUUUCUUAUUGGAUCCAAAGGAUCUCGAGUCGAAAUUGACUGAAAAAUCUAGACUUCUUAUCCUCUGCUCUCCAUCCAACCCUACUGGAUCUGUUUAUCCCAAGAGUUUGCUUGAAGAGAUUGCACGGAUCGUUGCUAAGCAUCCAAGGCUUCUGGUUCUAUCAGAUGAAAUUUAUGAACACAUCAUUUAUGCGCCUGCAACACACACAAGCUUUGCUUCUUUGCCAGACAUGUAUGAAAGAACCUUGACAGUAAACGGUUUCUCAAAGGCUUUCGCAAUGACGGGUUGGAGGCUUGGAUAUCUUGCUGGUCCUAAACAUAUAGUGGCAGCUUGCAGUAAAUUACAAGGCCAGGUUACUUCAGGAGCUAGUAGCAUUGCUCAGAAAGCAGGUGUUGCUGCACUUGGUUUAGGAAAAGCUGGAGGAGAAACUGUAGCUCAGAUGGUGAAAGCAUACAGAGAAAGACGAGAUUUCUUGGUUAAAAGCCUCAGUGAAAUCGAAGGAGUCAAGAUCUCUGAACCUCAGGGAGCUUUUUAUCUCUUCAUUGACUUCAGUGCAUACUAUGGUUUAGAAGUUGAAGGUUUUGGUUUGAUCAAUGACUCAUCGUCUCUUGCAUUAUACUUUCUUGACAAGUUUCAGGUUGCAAUGGUUCCUGGUGAUGCUUUUGGGGACGAUAGUUGUAUUCGGAUAUCUUACGCUACAUCUCUUGACGUUCUACAAGUUGCAGUUGAGAAGAUCAGGAAAGCCCUUGAGCCACUCCGUGCCACUGUCUCUGUGUAAUGGUUCGGACACACAAAUGUGUUAUUGAUCAUUAUGAUGUUGUAAACAUAUAUCGACUUUGUCUCCAAUCCAAUAACAACUCUUUCUCUGAGCUUUAUUCUUUCCUUGAGGAACAUUUUUGUUUUCUUCUAAUAAACCGCUGUCUUCACUGUAAAUCAUUUGAAAGAAAUAAAGAUUGCUUGUG